GGCCCGAAGACAAAACGCAGAUCUCUCCAAGCUGGCCGAGCCGCGGUUGAUUACGUAAAAGUAUUGCCACUCGGGGUGUCAUUCUCAGCUUCCCCCCGCCAGCCAGCAUCAACAAUGGGACAAUGGCGUCGAGCACUGGUCCCACCGUGUCGAGGUCGGGGGUUUGACUGUUCGGAGAAGAAGGAGGUCGAGCUAGUAUCACGAAAUGGUGUCUCCUUCGAUAUCGAGCCCGACUUCGACAAGCAAGUCUAAACCUUCUUCUCUCCGAAACAUCCCUCUAUCACUUCGUCAUCCGUCAAUCCGGUACCCAACAUCGACACAUGUCUCACGGGUCUUUGCGGAUACACUCGUCUCGGGAGCAGCGGAUGGAGCAUUGACGUCAGAAGAGACUUUGAUCAGGCAAUUGGAUGGUGACCUUGGUGGGAGACAGAUGGGUUUAAGGAGUAGACGGGGGAGUACCACGACGAUCAGGACCGUGAGGACAAGAAGGGGCAGCAUGUCAUCGACCAUGUUACAGGAGGAAGAAGGUGGUAGUCCAGUGGCUGGACCGUCUAGAUCCAGCCCGCUCGACUCGACCACUCUGCCAGAUGCGCUGGAGAUUCACGAGACCGAGCGCAACGCGGCUACGGAAGGAUCGGAGAGGUCGCGUCGUGCAGUCAAUCCGAAAGUUUCUUCCUCUUGGCUAAGGUGGAAUUCGCCAGCUCCCUCAUUUCCUCGCAGCAAAAGUCCUUCAACAGCUGAGAAGGGCAAAGGGAAGGCUAGAACAGAUGCUAUUGAGCAGGUCGAUUCUCAAGCUACAAUCGCGCCUUUGACAGCAACCACAGGCCCUUUCCCCGAUCCACCACCGCCUUCGACUACCAACAUAUCCGAAGAUCCACCUCCCGCUGAUUCCGCUCUCAAGCCACCAGAUCCCGUUGCACCCGGCCCAGCCGAUCCCGCUCCGUCCAAACGAGGCUGGUUCGGAUGGGGAGCAACAGUCGUUCCAGAGGUAAAAGUUCAUCCCGAGGCAGAUGCUGGGCCAGUGGUGGACCAGGAGGGUCUGGACCUUGAAGCAUCUCCCGCCGAUCCUGAAGAGCCGGAUGCUCCAGCUGCUGAACCUUUGGAGGAUCUAGAGACAGAUGCUCCCACAUCGGAUCAAGCCACUGGUUGGACUUCUUAUCUGUGGGGAUCGCUCAGGACCAAGCCGAUCUCGGUUGUUCAGGAAGACGCCACUGCACCCGUCGAUACCAGUAGUUUGGACAAGCCGGACCCCCCAUCGACUCCGCCUCGACGAGCUCAACUGCAGACACCGCCUCCAACCGACACUGACCCUGAUCCUGCCUCCGAUAGCUCUGCCGAUGAGCCGACUGUAUCAGAAAACCCAGGCUGGGGCAGCUACUUUUAUCCUUUUAUCACACCGCGUCCAACGAAGCACGUCACCAGCAUGACAUCGUCUCCCUCAUUGAUUCGGCCUGCCGAUGGGCCGAGUACAGAACAACCUCCUGCACCUGCUCCCCCUCCUCCUACUACUAUUCCCGGACCUCUACCUAACGCCAGCCUCGCACCGCCUGCCAUUCAUCCCAUACCUAGUCCUUCCAAACCCUCACUCGAACCCUCGACGAGUCCUUCAUCGACACCUCGAGUCAGACAGAACUCAGCUGCGUCAACUUCUGGCUGGCUGAACUAUCUUGCUUUUCGAGCAUCUCAGAAAAGGGUCACCAAUCCAAGUACGACAUCGAUCAAGUCUGGCAAGGAACGUAAAAGUACAGAUGUGAACGAAGAAAUCAUGGACUUUUCCAGUGAUCCAAACUUCCCGCCCUCCGGCGAUGCUUCGAACGCGGCCUCAACGGUCCCAGGGAAGAAAGAAAAACCGGAAGAUAAAUGCCAGUCACUGGCACCGAGCAAACCCGCGCAAUCUGGCCGACAACGACGGGCAUCAAAUACAUCUACUCGUUCAGGAGCGAGCAGUCGGAUUCCUGUUCCCUCCUCACCAAAAGCGCCUUCCAAAACGCCUAACGGUAAAAUCGCCAAAGCCACGGUCUCUGCGGUCCCUAAUCUCGUCAUUCCUUCUUUCGAUACCACCUUUUCGCGGCCUCCGCGUUCACUGCCACCUCUUCAACCUCAAUCUGUCAUCACUUCGACCACCUGGCGAGCCUUGGGAGCCGUCAGCAAUUAUGUCUACGGCGAAUCAGGGGGCCACAUAGAUCCUAGAGGCAGCAGAGCAGGUCGUAGGGUAGGCAACGAUUUGCCAAGAAGACUCCCUUCAGAUGAGGGAUGGAGAAACGUCAAGCGCAUCGUCAUCGUUGGUGUGCACGGUUGGUUCCCGGCGAAAAUGCUCAAUUCUGUCAUUGGGGAACCUACUGGCACUUCGGUCAAAUUUGCGAGCAUGAUGAACCAAGCUGUUGUCGAAUUUUUUAAAGCUAGAGGUGAGAACGUCGAGGGUCUGAGGAUCACGCAGAUGCCAUUGGAGGGUGAGGGCACCAUAGAGCAUCGGGUUGAUCGUCUUUAUAAGGCUUAUCUCUCCAAUCCGGCCUAUAUCAACGACCUCCGCCGCGCAGAUGCCAUUUUCUUCGCUGCUCAUUCUCAAGGCUGUAUUGUGACAACUCACCUGAUAUCUCGGAUGAUUGCUCAAGGUCAUAUUCGAACCCCGCUCAACCGUGAUGCUGUCCUCCGGUGUGAAUGGGCAUUUGGACCUAUAGGAGUCAUGCCCGAUACGCCUAAACGGAAGCGACAAUCGGCAAGCGAAGAAGGAUAUCAAAAGGUCGCCAUGUUGGCCAUGUGUGGUGUCCAUCUGGGUCCACUGUACAGUAUCUCAACCUCUACAGUCAUUCAGCCGUAUCUGCAGUGGUUUGAGAACGCCGCUGCAAGGGAGCUCUUCGAAUUCCAAGAAUCAUCCAGUGUGGUCAGCAUGGCGUAUCAAAAGGCCUUGAGCAUGAUUCUGGAGAACAAUGUCAAGGUCGUCUUACUGGCUUCGCUCAAUGACCAGGUGGUUCCUAUUUAUGGGGCCUCGUUCUCUACCGCCACUCAUCCUCUCCUCCUCCGAGCACUCUUUGUCGAUGGUGCAUCCUACUCGCAGACCGACCUCAUGACCCUCCUUUUGAAGUUUGCCUUCAUGCUCCGCAACGCCGGUAUCAGCGAUCAACGGCUCGUCGAACAUGUCUCAGAAGCUACUGCGGGAUCUCUGACUGGCCUUGGUCAUUCAGCUCCGUACGAAGAGAUCGGCUGUUACUCUCUCGCCGUAGAGUACUUGUUUCUCUCUGGCCCAAUACCCUCGAAUCCCGGAUCCAUCAAGCCCACACCACUUCUUGUCGAGCCGUUUUCGGCCAAGGAAGCGAGAAACGACUACGAAUUGCCGUAUCUCAUGCGGGCCAUCGUCGACAGUCCAGAAGUCAAUGAUCUUUUUGCGGAAGAGCUGAAAGCGCUGAAGGAUGGUAUUAUGGGCUGGAAGCCAAUCACUAAGCCGCUCAAGGAGAUGAAGAAGAGGCUUGAGCCCAUGGCAAAUAGACAUAGUCCACUCGCAACACAAGUCACGACAUUCGAGGGGCCUUCGCCCUCGUCUUCUGCAGGUCUUAAGAAGGAUUGGUAAUCAAACUCAAGACCUCAUUCUGUGCCUGUAGAUCGUCUUUCGGUCAACUCAAAACACAUUCAAAUUGCAUCACGAUAGCAUAGCUCUAGCAUGUAGCCCCCAUGUAUUCGAUGACUGGAUUACAGCGGCUCCUGUGUAGAUUUUCGAGGUGCAGAGUGCCCUCUCCAAUACUGCGUCUGUUAAACGGUUGAUGAACCUGUCCCAAACCGCAUGAAUCAGC